AUGAGAAAGAGUGAGAGAAUUUCUGUAUAUGUAGGGAAUGUGUGUGGGUUAUUAUUGAUAUUUUUUGAAUUAAUAAUAGCUAAAUUUGAUGAAGCUGAUUAUGAUUUGAUGAUGGUUAUGAUGAUAAACCAUCCAUGGGUGUUUGCUGAAAAGAAUUGA